GACUAGAUAUUCCUCCACCUCUUCUCUAGAUCCUGAUAUUUAUUCAGAUUCCACACUCAUAAUUAUCAGCAUGAUUUAUUAAUGAAGAUCCAUGAUCCUUUUUGUCUUGUUAUGAGAUUUGAACCCAUCCACAGUUUGAUCCAACCCCAUUGAUCCGUCCGAGGUGAGCUCAUGACUGGGCAGCUUCCCCUGUGUUUGACUGGCACCUUGACAUCCCAACAAUGCUUUGACGGCCGCCUGGUAAGAAUAGCUUCCUGCAGGUCCUGACCUCUGCAGGCGGGACCGAGGGGCAGGGACAGGACAUCAGAGGUGACUGGGAUUAGUGGGGGGGGCGUACGUUUGGACCAGCGGAGAAGGGGACAGCGACACAGCAGCACCUCAACCUAAAUUCUCCAAGCCGUCUUCUGUACCAGGAGGAAGAUGGGAACCACAGAUCUGCUCUUCAUCACCAUCAGUCACAAUGUGUCCUUCAUCGGUAAAACCUGGUGGACCCUGAUGCUGCCCCUCCGCCUGCUCCUCGUCCUCCUCGCCGGCUGCAGCCUCUUCAGCGAUGAGCAGGAGCGAUUUGUGUGUAACACGAUCCAACCCGGCUGCUCCAACCUGUGCUUCGACGCCUUCUCUCCCGUGUCCGCCCUCCGGCUCUGGUUCCUCCACCUGCUUCUGCUCUGUCUGCCUCAUGUUCUGUUUGUGACCCACGUCCUGCACAGGCUGCGGUCCUAUCCUCACUUUGGAGGUUCCUGCAGCGGAGGGAGUGGAGGAGGUUCUCUGGAGAACUCCAGGUCCUCCAGAGAAGUGUCCCUGCUUACAGCUCCUCUCCAUGACCCCCCCCGAGGAUGGGGAGCGCCUCGUUUCCACUGCGCUUACUUCUUCGCUGUACUUCUGCGACUCCUCCUGGAGGUGGCAUUCGGAGCAGGCCAGUAUUUUCUCUUCGGCCUCUCGGUUCCAAAGAGCUUCCUCUGCUACGAGGCUCCCUGCACAUCGGGGGUGGAGUGCUACGUCUCCAGACCCACGGAGAAGACCCUGAUGCUGAACCUCAUGCUGGGCGUCUCCUCCCUGUCCGUCCUGCUCAGUUUGGUGGACCUGGUGAGCUCCAUGAGGGCGAUGGUGCGAUGGCGGAGGACGAGGGAGAUGCUGAUGGAGGAGAUGAGUAAAGGAGAGCAGAGCAGCAUGUUCACCACGACCACCACGGCUGAAGACCAAGACCUUCUCCCGACCAGGAGAAUCCUCCUGAGUGGAGGCUCAACGGAGGCCGACAAAGAGGAACAACACACCGCCGGUGUUUCACCAAAUGGUGAGCUCCUCUCAACCAAAGCAAAUGGCGGACCCCCCCUUAGAACUAGUGUAUCUACCAAUGAGAGGAGCCCAGAAAACAAGGACACUGGGGCGAACAGGCCUCGUUCACCGACUCCCAUGAGCAAUCCUGUGCCAAGUCACUAUGUCCUCCACAGCCACCUGAGACCUCCGCCAUCCCCCCGCCCGGACAGGGGGCCACCGAACCCCAGGGAGCCACCGAACCCCAGGGGGCCGCCGAGCCCCAGGGGGCCACUGGACCCCAGGGGGCCACCCAUGGGUGUCAAGAAGCUGCAGAGCCAGAGCAGCUCGGCUGAAACGAACUCGAGCCAACAGUCGGACAGCAGCGAGUCUCAGGACAAGCGGGCCUGGGUGUGACUGGAUCAGAACUCUGUGCCAGCCCAGGACAUGGAGCUUUUACUCUUAUCUUUGGACUGUAGAGGAAGAUGAGUUAGAACCUGUAGCUGCACUGAUGAUUCAUGGAGACAGAACGAACUGUCAGGAGCCUUGUGUCCACUUUAAAAAGAGGUCCCAUGUUGUGUUUCCAUCUUGUUUCACAGCCUUCGAGUGGUCACAUCUCAUAAACUCUUAAUUACUCAUAAAGUUAUCAAUACGAAUCCUGCACGUUACUUUCUACAUUGACAUUUCAAACGUUAGCUUCGUCUCCGUCUUUUGAAUUCUGUCAAAAUAUUUGGUUUCAGGUGAUGAGAUUGAUGUGGAGUGAUUU